UACAGUAUGCACAGCAUGCUGAAAAGUAUUGAUGUGUUUUACAGAAGGAAGGAGAUGGAGAAGAAGGAAAGGGAAGACAAGGAGGCCAAGGAAAAAGAGGAGACGGAGAAGGAGAAGGAAAAAGAGAAGGAAAAGGAGAAAGAAAAGGAGAAAGAAAAGCAAAACAACAAAGACAAGCCCAAAGAAUUAUUUGUCAUAAAUCCGGCUGGGAAUUUGUAUUACAACUGGUUGUUCAUCAUCGCCCUUCCAGUCAUGUACAACUGGACCAUGAUCAUAGCCAGGGCUUGUUUUGAGGAGCUGCAGCACAACUACAUCGUUUACUGGGUUAUUCUCGACUACACCUCUGACAUAAUCUACCUGGCGGAUAUGUUUUUCAGGACCAGAACAGGUUACCUUGAGCAAGGCCUGAUGGUGAACGAUAAGAAACUGCUACGAGAUCGCUACAUCCAAAGCUUCCAGUUUCGUCUCGAUUUCAUCUCGAUGCUUCCCACUGACUUCCUCUAUUUCAUCCUCGGCCUCGACUAUCCAGAGAUCCGCAUCAACAAACUGUUGAGAAUCGGCCGCAUGAUGGAGUUCUUCACGAGGACCGAGACCAAAACUAACUACCCCAACAUCUUCCGCAUCGGAAACUUGAUCAUGUACAUCCUCAUCAUCAUCCACUGGAACGCUUGCUUCUACUUCUCUUUCUCCAAAUACAUCGGUUUCGGAGCUGACGCCUGGGUGUACCCGGCUCUGGAUGAUCCUGAAGAGCCUGCGUUUGGCGAGUUUGGCAGGAAGUAUUCUUUCAGCCUCUACUGGUCCACACUGACACUAACUACCAUCGGGGAAACGCCACCGCCAGCCCUGGACUCAGAAUUCAUCUUCCACGUAGUGGACUUUCUAGUGGGCGUCUUGAUCUUUGCCACCAUUGUGGGAAACAUCGCCACCAUGAUCUCCAAUAUGAACGCUGCUCAAGCUCAGUUUCAGUCCCGAAUUGACAACAUCAAGCAGUACAUGCGGGUACGAAAGGUUGACACGGAUCUUGAGUUGCGGGUCAUCAAGUGGUUCGACUACCUGUGGAAUAACGGCAAAGCACAGAAUGAAAGGGAGGUCCUGCGGUAUCUUCCAGACAAGCUGAAGGCUGAGAUCGCCAUCCAAGUCCACAUGGACACGCUGAGCAAAGUUCGUAUUUUUGCAGACUGCGAGGCCGGCCUGCUGAUCGAGCUGGUUCUCAAGCUGCAGCCACAGGUGUUCAGUCCCGGAGACUACAUCUGCAAGAAGGGCGACAUCGGCCGCGAGAUGUACAUCAUCAAAGACGGAAAACUCGCAGUCGUUGCCGACGACGGCGUCACGCAGUUUGUUGUGUUGGGAAGCGGCAGUUACUUUGGUGAGAUCAGUAUCCUUAACAUUAAAGGCAGCAAAGCAGGCAACCGGCGAACCGCCAACAUCCGGAGCAUCGGGUACUCGGACCUCUUCUGCCUGUCCAAGGAUGACCUGAUGGAAUCACUGCAAGAGUAUCCGGACGCCAAAGGCAUGCUAGAGGACAAAGGGCGGGAGAUCCUGAUGAGAGACAAUCUGAUAGAUUUGGACCCGGCCAACAUCAUGCCCGAGACCAAGGAGCUGGAGGAGAACGUCAACAAGUUGUACAACACGAUGGAGCUGAUGCAUUUCAAGGUGAAGAAAAUACUGGGAAAUAACAAGAUCGCCGAAAAGGCUCUGAGACGUCGCAUUGCAGAUCUGGAGCAUCUGACGGGGGAGGAGGUGGAAGAGGAGGACGAGGAGGAAGAAGAGAUGAAGCAGGACGAGAGAGAGGUGGAUGGGGAGAAAAAGGAAGAAGAGGAAAAAGGCGCGGGUAUAAAGGAAGACAAGGAGGAAGAUGAAGAGGAAAUGAAGGGAGAGGAAAAGGAUGAUGAAGCAAAAGACGAAGAAGUAAAGGGUGAAGAGGAAAAAGACGAGGGACAAAAAUAAACCCAGAGCUUCUGAAAAAUAAAAAGCACCUUUCUAAUCAGCCGCACUAGAAUAAUUUUCACAGAAAUCUCACUGGACUUUCCUUCUAAAUGACUCACAGAAACACUGUAAACGACCAAACUACACCAGAGAAACUACACUGGGCUGAAAUACCCACUGGAACUUGUCUUAAAUAGAUAUUGUUAUUGUAAAUAACCAUAUUGAUAUUAUAUUCAAAUAAAAAAAAUUGGAAUCAGU